ACGUUUCAGCACCUAAACGACUUUGAUUUCCCCACUUUUCUCCAAUAGAAUUAAGCAACCACCAUGGAGCUCUCUCUAGUCGUUUUACUUGCUCCUAUUGUUCUUACACUUGUUGCCAUCUUUGCAGUCAGACUUAGACCCAGAUCAGUUGAGGCUAAAGACCUUCCACCGGGGAGCUUGGGAUGGCCUAUCAUGGGUGAAACCCUUGAAUUCCUGUUUGGGAUGCCGGAAAAGUUUGUGUUUGAUAGGAUGAAUAAGUAUUCUCCUGAUAUUUUCAAGACAAAGAUUCUUGGGGAGGAAACUGCGGUCAUAUGUGGUCCUGAUGGCCACAAGUUUCUGUUCUCCAAUGAGCAAAAGCUGUUCACAGCUUUCCGACCUCAUUCAAUGCAAAAACUAUUCCGAUCUUACCAGGCUGCUGCGCCAGUUCAAAUUGCCCGGGAUGCUGAGGCCAAAAUUUUGCGUUCUCCAGGAUUCUUGAAGCCUGAAGCACUAGUGAGGUAUAUGGGGAAAAUGGACUCUAUCACUCAGCAACAGAUGCAGAAAUAUUGGGAAGGCAAAGAUGAAGUAAAGGCCUUCCCUCUUGCUAAGGCCCUGACCUUGACUCUCGCAUGUCAUUUCUUCUUGGGCACAGAUGACCCUGAGCGUAUCUCUAGUCUCGUUAGCAACUUCGAUCAUAUUACCUUGGGAAUGCAUUCUGUUCCUGUAAAUUUUCCAGGGACAGUUUUUUACAGAGCAAACAGAGCGGCAGCUGCAAUCCGGAGGGAGCUAAGACAAGUUAUAAAGGAGAAGAAAACUGCCUUGGCAACAGGAGUGCCUAUGCAGGACAUACUUUGUCAUAUGAUCGUCGCCACUGACCCGUCUGGAAAAUACAUGCCGGAGGCUGAGAUUGCUGAUAAGAUAAUGGGGUUGCUGGUUGCUGGAUACAGCACUGUGGCUACUGCUAUGUCUUUCUUCAUGAAAUACGUUGGAGAAAGGCCUGACAUCUACGCCAAAAUUCUAGCAGAGCAAUCAGAAGUUGAGGCUGGCAAAAAGCCAAUGGAGCCGUUGGAAUGGGAUGACAUACAGAAGAUGAAGUACUCCUGGAAUGUAAUGUAUGAAGUGAUGAGACUCACGCCUCCACUUCAGGGAACUUUCAGAGAGGCCCUCACAGAUUUUACUUACGCUGGUUACACUGUUCCAAAGGGGUGGAAGAUAUAUUGGACGGUUAGCACAACAAACAUGAACCCAGAAUACUUUUCAGAGCCGGACAAAUUUGAGCCUUCAAGAUAUGAUGAAGGAAAUAGUUUUCCUCCGUUUACGUUCGUUCCAUUUGGAGGUGGGCCUCGAAUGUGCCCUGGAAAAGAGUACGCUCGACUGGCUAUACUCACAUUUGUAUACAACGUUGUGAAAAGGUUCAAGUGGGAAUUGGUGCAUCCAAAGGAAAAGAUUAUUGGAGAUAUGAUGCCAACACCAGAAAAAGGCCUUCCCAUUCGUCUUACUCCUCACUAG